AUGGAGACCAAUACGACUACUAGUUUUAAAGCUCGAUUAGAACGUAUAAUUGCUUAUCAAGAUGUAUUAACAAAAAAUAAUUUUUUAACACAACGUUCUUGUGAUCAAGAAUUUAGUAAUUUGUUAACAUUUCACAAUGAUCUUCGUCGUAAAUAUGUUGAUUUACGUACAUAUACUGAUCAACUUGAUCGAUCUAUUGAACAAUAUCGAAUAGAAUUAGCACGUAAAGAUAAAAAAAUUCAAUCACAAAGCUUACAAAUUCUUCGUUUAACACAACAUAAUAAACGAAAUAAUGAACGUUUUAUUGAAUUACAACGAUAUUUCGAUCGAAUAAAAGGUACAAUAACUGAACAAAAUACUUAUAAUCAAUUAUGUGAUAUACUUCGAAAUUCUCGUAUGUCAGAGAAUGAAAUAACAGCUGAUUUAUCUGAUAAAAAUUGUACACGAGAUGAAGUUAAUGAUGAUGAUGAUUAUUCACAUAUACCUAAAGUUGUUAGUCAAUCAACAGGUAUUAAUCAAAUACAACGACCAAUCAAUAAUAAUGAUAUUGAUUUAAAACAUAAUAAAUCUCCUCCGGUUGUUACAACAAAUUUCUUUAAUAAUGGAUCAAAACCGAAUCAAUUAUGUACAUCAUCCUAUUCAAAUAUGACUGUUGAACGUAUUCAAAAUGGUCAAUUAAUAAAAUCACCAAUACCUAUACCAUGUCGACAUUCAUUAUCAGUUCAUAAAAGACCAAAACAAAAAAUACGAAAACCAUCAAAAGAAUUUCUAAAUACAAAAUCAGAAGAAUCAGAAUUAAGUACAGAUGAUAUGUUUUGGACAAAACAGAAUGAUGAUAAUGAUCAUCAUCAUCAUCAACAACAACAACAAGUAUUAUUACCCUCAACAAAUUCAAUAUUAUCAAAAAUAACAAGUCCAUUAAUAGAACAAAAAACUUUAACACCAUCAACACCAAUAACAAAUCUUAUUAUUAAAUCAAGUCCAUCAUCUAGUCUUACUAGAUUACAUUCAAAAAUACAUAAUUUUAUUUCAAGAAAUAUUCUUAUACCUGAAAUUUGUUGUGUAGUAUGUUAUAAUUAA